UUGAAAGUAAAGAGUACUAGUGGUUGUGAUCACAUAAAGGUCAAGGUCAAAACCAGUUGCUUUUGAGAUACCAAUAACUGGGUUGGUGUAGAUUCUGCAUGAAGCAUGAGGAAGUCUUGUGAUGCCUAUCAUAAAGAAUGAUUUCGAUAACUGAUUUACCAAAGUAUAGGGAGUUAGGGACCCAAUACCAGAUGAUAAAAGCCUGUUGCAAACAUGUAAAGUAGAAAUGAAGGCAUUUCAUGUUUUACUGUGGCUUUUGUAGAAUUGCUGGAGUUUACAAUUAUAAAAUACAAGAUACAAAAAGAUCACAUUUUCUUCAGUUCUGUUACUGGAAACAUCAAUUCUCAUUCUCAUUUAGUGUUCACAAUAACAUUGAUUCUUAUUUUCCUACUAGUCCCCUUUAGUUAACUCUAACCCUACCGUCCAGUAUUAUAAGGCAACGUCAAUGAAAUUAUUGCAAAAACAUCCGAGAACCACCAUAAUCACCUGAGAUUUUUAAAGUUGAAUUUAGAAUAAGCCUAUAAGGAAUUUCACAGCAACAUAAGCAAAAGGAGGCCAUAUAAGGUCACUGAAAAGCAGUGUGGAUUCACAGGGAGUGAUCGCUGUUGUAGAGCGUUUUGUGGGGACUCAAAGUGAAACGUCGUGUCACAUUGGUCUCAGUGGGAACGGUGUUGGUGCUUUACAGCCCCUCUCUCGGUGGGUUUGCCCGUCGCGUGACACGCGGGGCAGCAGCAGGCUGCAUAUCAGCUGGGAGCAGAGCGCCUCACUCGGGUCCGGCGUGCAGGGGGGGGAUGGCGGGCUGGGGAGGCUUCUUCGUGUCACUCCUCAACUACAAGACAGAGAAAUAUGUCAUCGCGGAAAACCGGAAAAUCGGGAUAUUGUUUCGACUAUAUCAGCUGGCCGUGCUGGGAUACAUCAUCGGGUGGGUGUUUGUGGUGAAGAAGGGUUACCAAGAGAGAGAAGAGGCCCUCCAGACGUCAGUCAUCACCAAGCUUAAAGGUGUCACACUGACCAACAACUCAGAGACCGGGCUUCAACUGUGGGGUGCCGAGGAUUAUGUCAUACCCCCGAAUGGUGAGCAGGUGUUCUUCAUAGUAACAAAUUACAUAGAGACCCCCAAUCAGAGGCUGGGGUUCUGCGCUGAGAGCUUCAAGGUGCCAAAUGGGCGAUGUCAAAGUGACGAUGACUGCAUUGAGGGGGAGACCGUAAUAGCUGGCCAUGGAAUAAAGACCGGCUUGUGUUUAAACAGCACCGGGACCUGCGAGAUUCAGGCCUGGUGUCCUGUUGAAUACGGCAAGAGACCCACAGAGCCCUUACUCAGCGCAGCGGAAAACUUCACCAUCUACAUUAAGAAUUUCAUCAGGUUCCCAAAGUUUGAAUUCUCCAAGUCCAACGUCCUUGAAACCUCAAAUGACAGCUACCUAAAAAGUUGCACCUACGACAGCCAGGACAACGUUUACUGCCCCAUCUUCCGCCUUGGAGACCUGGUCAGCUGGACAGGAUACGACUUCCAGGACAUGGCUGCUAAGGGUGGAUCCGUCGGUAUUCUCAUUGAGUGGGAAUGUGACCUGGAUAAGGACUCCUCACAGUGCAAUCCACAGUACAGCUUUUCCCGUUUGGACAUGAACUUGAACAAUUCAGUCACAUCAGGAUACAACUUCAGAUAUGCCAGGUACUACAAGGAUCAAAAUGGUGAAACCUUCCGCACUUUGUAUAAAGUGUACGGGAUUCGCUUCGAUAUAAUGAUCAAUGGACAGGCGGGGAAAUUCAAUAUUGUUCCCACAAUAAUUGCCAUAGGCUCUGGCAUUGCCCUGCUCGGUGCAGGAGCUUUCGCAUGUGAUAUGAUACUACUAUACAUGAUGAACACAAGCUCCUUCUACCGAGAGAGAAAGUUUGAGAUCAUCAACUUCAAGAACGAUAUGAGCAAACCCAAGGAUGGGAAGACGGGUCAGCGAGAGAGGAGAAACAGGAAACCCGCUGCACAGAAGGAGGCCGCCAACUCUCUAAAAAAGCCGCAGGACGCUGAGGCCGCCGCAGGGAGCCAGCUGCCAGAAGACAAACGGGGUCCCACCGUUCCACGCAACACAGGACAGCGAUACUCUGCCAUGGCCCCCCCCCAAGGUACAGAGCCGAGGCGUCACAUCACCAUAUCUUCACACUAUUAGGUUAAGCAGGCAGACCAAGACCAAUCACCUGCAGCGGUCUGCGAGAGGUGGAACCCAAAGACGGACAGAUGUCCACUCGUCACCUACUGGCACGACUGCUAGAAUGCAGAGUGAUGCUUGACUACUAACACAUUGGUCCAGAGAAAUGUAAAUGUUCAGCACUGCAAGCGAGCCAGAAAGCAGAUGUAGAAAUACAUCCAAAGGGUCCAAAGCUGUGAUAAAGGUAUGUUAAAGUGAUAGAAGGGAUUCAUCAAAGACUUCAAGUCAAAUGCCAAAUAUUUGCAGAUUGCUUUGCGAAUAAUCAUUUUUUUCCUGCAAAUGAAGGCUUGCAGAUUAUUUGCCUGUUGAACAGAAUAUUCAAGCAUAAUACAGUUUGCAUCAAAUUAUUUUAUUUUGUCAUUUCAUGGAAAAGUAUUAGCUGUGAAGUCAUGAACUUCAAUAGCAGAAUUGGAUUAAGUAAAAUA